AUGUAUUUGCCAACAUCAGGGACAGCAAAGGAAGAAGCAGCUCAGGAAGAACCUGACUGCCUUGCGAAAUACUUCAGUGUUGUGUGGUGUAAGGCAUCAAAGAAAAAGCACAAGAAGUGGGAAGGCGAUGCUGUUCUUAUUACAAAAGGAAAGUCAGUAAUAUUGAAAGAUAUGGAAGGCAAAGACAUUGGAAGAGGUACUGGAUAUAAAUCUAAAGAGCUAGACAGUCUUGAUGAAGGUCAAACACUGAUGGUUGGAGGAAAAGAAAUUGAAGUGAUGGGUGUCAUUUCAGCAGAUGACUUCAGCAGUGGCAGGUGUUUUCAGGCUGGAAUAGGGACUCAUGACACAGUCCCAACUGCUUUAUCUCAAACUAAUAUGAAACCAUUCUGUAAACCAUUCAAAAGUGUCUGUCAACCCAGUACUAAAAACAAUGUGCUCAGAGAUUCUCAGAGCUACAAACCUCGUCACGAUCCAAAUGCUUCAAAUUCUCUAGUUAUGCCAAAACCAAAUGCAAGUCAUCAGUGGACGUUCAAUAAGGCUGGUUUACCUAUGGUGGAUGUAGUUGUGGAUCCUUACAUUGCAAAUAAUCUCCGACCACAUCAGAAAGAAGGAAUUAUAUUUUUAUAUGAAUGUGUAAUGGGAAUGAGAGUUAGUGGCAGAUUUGGAGCUAUUCUUGCUGAUGAAAUGGGCUUAGGAAAAACACUGCAGUGCAUUGCACUUGUCUGGACUCUUCUGCGUCAAGGGGUGUAUGGAUGUAAACCUGUAUUAAAGCGAGCACUAAUUGUCACCCCUGGGAGUCUGGUAAAAAACUGGAAAAAAGAAUUUCAGAAAUGGUUGGGAAGUGAAAGGAUCAAAGUCUUUGCAGUUGACCAGGAACAUAAAGUAGAAGAAUUCAUUGGUUCUCCACUUUAUUCAGUUUUGAUAAUCAGUUAUGAGAUGCUACUGCGAUCUUUGGAUCAAAUUCAGGCUAUAGAAUUUAACCUCCUAAUCUGUGAUGAAGGACAUCGUCUGAAAAAUAGCUCUAUUAAGACAACUACAGCCCUCACUAGUCUGUCUUGUGAGAGGAGAAUUAUCCUUACUGGUACUCCAAUCCAAAAUGACUUGCAAGAAUUUUAUGCAUUAAUAGAGUUUGUGAAUCCAGGAAUACUUGGUUCUUUAUCGACAUACAGAAAAAUAUACGAGGAACCAAUUGUCAGGUCUAGAGAACCUUCAGCAACAAAGGAAGAAAAGGAAUUAGGAGAAAAAAGAGCAGCAGAACUCACACGCCUCACUGGGCUCUUUAUUCUUAGAAGAACACAGGAGGUUAUAAACAAAUUUCUGCCCCCUAAAAAGGAGAGCAUAAUCUUCUGCCAACCAACAGCACUGCAACUUGAAUUGUAUCGAAAACUGCUUAGUUCUCGAGUUAUUCGUUCCUGUCUACAAGGCAGGCUAGAAAACAGUCCUCACCUAAUAUGUAUAGGAGUUUUGAAAAAACUUUGCAAUCAUCCAUGUCUUCUGUUUAAAGCUAUAAAGGAAAAAAGCUGUGAUCCUACGUCUGAUGAACAUGAUGAAUCCAGUCUCUAUGAAGGUCUGAUAGAUGUCUUUCCACAAGACUAUACUUUGGAUACUUUCUCUGAAAGGGAUUCAGGAAAAUUGCAGGUGCUGGUGAAGUUGUUGGCAGCAAUCCAUGAGCUUAGCUCUUCUGAAAGAGUUGUACUGGUAUCCAAUUACACUCAAACAUUAAACAUAUUACAAGAGACAUGCAAACGUUAUGGAUACUCUUAUACUAGACUUGAUGGACAUACUCCUGUCUCCCAGAGGCAACAGAUUGUUGAUACGUUUAAUAGUAAAUUCAGUCCAGCUUUUAUCUUUUUGCUGAGUUCAAAGGCUGGUGGAGUAGGACUGAAUCUGGUCGGAGCAUCUCAUUUGAUCCUGUAUGAUAUCGACUGGAAUCCAGCUACGGAUAUUCAGGCAAUGGCCAGAGUGUGGAGAGAUGGUCAGAAACGCGCUGUAUAUAUCUACAGGCUGCUAACCACAGGCUCAAUAGAAGAAAAGAUUUAUCAAAGACAGAUCAGCAAACAAGACCUUUCUGGGGCAGUUGUAGACCUUUCCAAGACGUCUGAACACAUCCAUUUUUCUAUCGAGGAGCUUAGAAAUCUCUUUACUCUUCAUGAAGAUUCCAGCUGUGUUACACAUGACUUGCUUGAGUGCAACUGUAUGGGAAAGAAAGACCAUCAAAAUCCUUCCUCAGAAAAGUCUUCUGUAUCUAGAAGUUGCCAGCUUGGCCAAAACCAAGGGAAGCCUAAUUCAAAGAAACCGCUCUCCAUGUCACAAUUGAUGCAAUGGAAACAUUUCUCUGGGCAACAUCAGGCUCUAGCUGAUCCUUUCCUUGAAAAGAUAAAAGAGAAUGUUUCUUUCAUUUUCCAGAAUGUAACCAGUCCAACUUCCUUCACCUAAGAAAACUUGAGUGUCUUUUCCUACCACUUGCAUCCUCCUCCUCAUAGGUAAACAACUGAUGUGCAGUUACCCUUUGUUCUUUUUGCCAAGUUGUUUUGUGUAUUUCUGACGAGGAUUCUGGGUAAAUGUGGUUCCUGGUGUUUAUACAAAGCUACUGUUAUUACUAAGUUA